GGGUCCUUAGGUACCGGAUCGUCUGGAUUGACAGCGGGCACCGGGUCAUCUGGCGUUGGAUCGUCUGGCUCGACAACGGGCAUCGAGUCACCAGGCAUGACAGCAGGCACUGGGUCCUCAGGUACCGGAUCGUCUGGAUCGACAGCGGGCACCGGGUCAUCUGGCGCUGGAUCGUCUGGCUUGACAGCGGGCAUCGGGUCACCAGGCAUGAUAGCGGGCACUGGGUCAUCAGGCAUUGGAUCUCCUGGCUCGACAGCGGGCAUCGGGUCACCAGGCAUUGGAUCAUCUGGCUCGACAGCAGGCAUCGGGUCACCAGGUAUGACCGCGGGCACUGGGUCAUCAGGCAUUCGAUCGUCUGGCUCGACAGCGGGCAUCGGGUCACCAGGCAUGACAGUGGGCACCGGGUCAUCAGGUACCGGAUCGUCUGGCUCGACAGCGGGCACUGGGUCAUCAGGCGUGAUAGGAUCAUCAGGCUGGAUCAGUUCAUCAGACUGGGUACAGACAUCAGGACAUCAGGCUGAAGUGCGGGUGCCGAGGCACCAG